CUUUUCCCUUUCGCAAUGUCUGCUGCUACAGUGCUCGUUCGCGAUGACGCGCCCACCGCCGACGCCACCGCCGAGCCCGUCGCCAUCGCUCUCGAGUCUGACGGAACGCUCCUUCUGACCAAGCUCGCCGAGCGCUUUGCCGGUGCCACUGGUCUUCGAUUCCACCCUGAGGACGCCCCCGACACCUUCAAGACUGUGCGCCUGGAGAACGGCGCCUUGCACGCACCCGAAGGCGCUGCCUGGAAGCCCGUCUUCUUUGUCGUUCGCGCUGAAUCGACUCCCGCUGUCGCUGCCGCCGCCGCCGCCGCUGCUGCUGCUGCUACUACUACUACUGCUGCUGCUGCUGCUCCUGCGACUGCUACUACCACCACUGCUGAUGCAUCGUCCAACGGCGCCGCUUCUGAUGGCAGUGCUGGUGGCGUCAAGCGCAAGGCGGAGGAUGAAGCUGAUGACGGUCCUCGCAAGAAGGAGAACUGCUACAAGUGUGGCGGCUUUGGUCACAUCCAGGACUUUUGCCCUUCCCCUUCCGGCUCGAUCGAUAUGGAGGGCGCUGUUGAAUGCCACCUUUGCAAGGGCAAGGGCCACGUCAAGAUGCGCUGCCCUAACAGUGUCCCCAGCAAUGUCUGCUAUCUGUGCCAAAUGCCUGGCCACUUUGCUCGCGAGUGCCCGCGCGGUCGCGAUCCCUACGGGUUGAAUCGCGCCCCCUUCGGCGGUGAUUCACGUCUGUGCUAUCGUUGCCAACAGCCCGGCCAUCUCUCGGCCAACUGCCCCCGCGUUGCUCGUGGCGAGCAGUCUCUGAGCUCGUGCUACAAGUGCGGCCAGGAGGGCCACAUUGCCAAGGAUUGCAAUGUUUGCUACCACUGCAAGAAGACUGGUCACGUCGCAGCCAGCUGCCCCGACCGCCCUCCGGGUGCUCCUUUCUCUGAUCGCCGAGACCGCGAUCGUCCCUACGACAGCCGUGGCUACGACAGUCGCACCGCCAGCGGCUAUGGCAGCGGCUACGGCGGCUACGACCGCGGCUAUGAUCGUGGCUACGACGACCGCGACCGUGAUUCGCGUGGCGGUUACGGCGCUCCCCCGCCCAGCCGCAGCUACGGCGGUGGCUCUGGCUACAGCUCUGGCGGCUACGGGUCUGGCUACGGUAGCUCCUCUGGCAGCUACGGUGGCGGCUACGGCAGCUCGACCGGCUAUGGCAGCGCUGCUGUUGGCUAUGGCAGCAGCUCUGGCUACGGCUCGUCCGCAAGCGGCUAUGGUGCUCCCUCCAGUGGCUAUGGCGCGCCCUCGAGCGGCUAUGGUAGCAGCUCCCAGGGCUCGUCCCAGUACGGCUCCGGCUAUGGCGGCUAUGGUCAGGCAGGCAGCUCGUACGGCUCCAGCUCGAGCGGCUACUCUGCCCCUGCGUCUGGCAGUGGCUACGGCGCCGGCGCUGCUCCUAGCAGCGGCUAUGGUGCUCAGGGUGGCGCUGGUGCUGCUCCGUACACGAGUGGGUACGGCUCGGCUCCCUCCUCGCAACCAGGCGGCUAUUCCAACCAAACAUACACGCGCCGUUAAAUUGUUAAAUGGAAGUGCUUGGUGUUGUGGUUUGCGUGGUUGGGGUUUUUUUGUUCCGUUGGGUCGAUGUGUGGCCGCUCCGAUUAAAAUUUAGUUUGUUGAAAUCGCGUAGCUGCUGUUCACUGAGCCAUUGUUGGUUUUGAUUAUUUGGGUUGUUUAGGAAAAUGCAAG